UUAGCGUCCGUCAAACUUCACUACAUCACACCUCCCCACCAAUGCAUACCCUGGUACCUUCUUUAUAAUGCGGCCACCAUGCUUACGCGACACGGACGUUCAGCCUCAGAUGUUCUGCUUGAGCACUGACGCCUUCUGAUGAUCUAGUAAAGGUAGCACAUUAUGACCGCCGAAGUACGCGACCUCAAGCCCCUCAACAUCAGACCCGUCCAACAUCAAGUCCACGACCCGCUCAAGAUAGACCCCUUCGCCUUCGAUCACCGCGAUGACACUAUCCACGUCCUCCUAUGCGCUUCAGGUUCUGUUGCGACCAUCAAGAUACCGAACAUGAUCAACGCGCUUGCGAAACAUGCGAACGUACGAAUACGGCUCAUCUUCACGGCUGCGGCAACCAACUUCUUGCAAGGCCAGAGCGGGGAACAGCCUUCGAUAGAAGAAAUAGAGGCGUUACCGAACGUGGACGGGGUAUACUUUGACGAAGACGAGUGGAGAGAGCCAUGGAUCCGAGGCAACAAGAUCCUCCACAUUGAGCUGCGGCGAUGGGCAGACAUCAUGGUCAUUGCACCCUUAAGUGCUGAUCUACUCGCCAAGAUCACACUGGGCUGGUCAGAUAACCUCCUGCUAUCGGUCGCGCGCGCAUGGGAUACCACAGGCCUGAUCGACCCAGUGAGGAGCAUACCAGGCGUGCAAUGGCCGCAAGAAGAUAUCGGCAUACAGAAGAAGAGGAUCCUAGUCGCUCCGAGCAUGAAUACCGCCAUGUGGUUCCAGCCUAUCACAAAGAGACAGGUGCAUGUACUGGAAGAAGAGUGGGGAGUAAAGAACGGAGGCUGGUAUGAGGUACUGCAACCUAUGGAGAAAGAGCUGGCUUGCGGAGAUAUCGGUGGCGGCGCAAUGAAAGAUUGGAGGGAGAUUGUGGAGGUUGUGGAGCAGCGGCUAGGCUUGCUGCCAUGAUAGCUUCUCACUUUCGCGCUUGAAUUCGAGCUCCAUCGCCCUACGCUAUCGCAUACAUACGCGAGCACAGAAUAGCGCAAUACGAGAGAGGGGCAUACUGCUUCACAUCUAUUUCGACUCUAUGCGUAUAGACGUCAUCACAUGAACAAAAAGAUGGCGUACACCAAAGACCAAAAAGACAGAACUUAGAUAGGUGCCCCUCUCACGCAACCCAUGCUGACAGCCUCCUUAAUCUCCUUAACCAGACCACGUCUGUGCUGUCUCGCUUCUGUCUUUGUCGAUGCUCGAAUCGGCGACCUUGACCUG